UGCCUCCUACGCACAGACAGCAGCUCGCUCCCACUCCUCCCUGCCUGGCCAGGGGCUCCGGGGCCUGGAGCUGGGACGGCAGCAUGAGGCUGCUUUUCCAGGCACUGGUUCUGUGCCUCACCCUGGGCUUAGGACAAUGCGCUGAGGAAACGAGGCAGGAGAACACCGCUCACCAAGGUGCCCAAGGAGAGUCCUUCUAUGCGGACUGGGGCAUCGGGACCAUCCGGGACAGCUUCGAAACAGUUAACAGCUACUUUGACUCCUUCUUGGAACUGCUUGGGGGUAAAAAUGGCGUUUGUCAGUACAGGUGUCGAUACGGGAAGGCUCCAAUGCCGCGACCUCACUACAAACCCCAAGAACCAAACGGCUGUAGCUCCUAUUUUCUGGGGCUUAAGGUACCCGAAAGUCUAGAUUUGGGCAUCCCUGCCAUGACCAAGUGCUGCAACCAGCUGGACGUUUGUUACGACACCUGCGGGGCCAACAAAUACCGCUGCGAUGCCAAGUUCCGCUGGUGCCUCCACUCCAUCUGCUCCGACCUCAAGCGCAGCCUGGGCUUCGUCUCCAAGGUGGAAGCUUGUGAAUCCGUCGCGGACACGGUGUUCAACGCCGUCUGGACCCUGGGCUGCCGGCCCUUCAUGAACAGCCAAAGGAGUGCCUGCAUUUGCAACGAGGAAGAACGAGAUGAAUUGUGAGGAAGCGCAGACGCCCGGCCUCCACGAGCCUGCUGCCAAGCAUCCCCCCUCAGAUACAGUGAUUCCUACCAGCCCUCUGGCCGAGCACGGGAUGAGGGAACCUGGGCCAAGCAAUACACACCGACUGCAGCGUUUGGGCAGAGGGGCUGCGAAAGGGGAGACAGCCUGUCAACGCGGGGCAGCGAUGCCUGCUGCCCACCACAGAUGCAGUUCAACAGCCCUACCCCUUUCCAAGUCCAUCAGUCUGAAUGAUCUGAUGCCAAUUUUCUCUACAGACUGCUCAGGAGAUGCAAGCAGGAUGCAGUACUGGUUAUAAACAGGGGGCUUUAUUUGUUUGCUAUAGACACAUGUAUAUUAGCUCUCCCUGCCCCUUAACUCUCUAAUUUGAAGUGCAAGGCAUUAGGUUUCUGCAACCCCUGAAAAUCCCAGACCAUGGACACUAUUUACAUUUUUCCACCACUGGUGACAGACUGAGAAGAAGGGUACUUUGCUUUCAGUACGUUGCUCACACCCAUCCCUGACAUUUUCCAUCCUGUCAUUACACGCCCUGACAACACUGCUUAUUUAAACACUUGGUGGAUCCUAAAGCUAUUGAAAACACCCAGGGAUUUGGUAAGCACGAGCAGGACUUUAAGUGUUUGUGAUACAGGCACAAUUCACAUCUGGAGAGAAGGAGACUCAAAGCCCAUCACAUCUGAGGUGUGAAAUCACAGCACUCUCCCACAGUCUCAGGAGAUGAAGCUGCUUUUCUUUCACAGUGUCACCCAGAUCUAUUUAAUUAUUUUCCUCCUAGAUCCUUUCACAAAGCUUUUCCCUUCGGAUCCCUUUUUACACAAAAUGGCUGGGUAUCCACCCCCAUCUUUUGUACGAGGGAAAAGGAAGGCUCCCAGUUGGCUCGGAUGAGAUAAUCAAAAUUCUGGAGGCUGAUGUGUCAGGUGGCAGGGCUUACACACCACCUCUGUGGGACACCAGCUGUGGAGUGACCAGCAGCCUCAAGACAGCGUUCAUGGUUAAUACUUCCAUCUGCUAUCGGGAGCUUUUAUUGCGUGCAAAAUUAGAAUUUAAAGAGGUAUAUGGAAUUUCAUCUGCAUAUAACAUUUGCAGACAGCUUUCAUCUGUGUUUCUUGUUGAAAGGAAGUUGCUACUGGGUACGCGUGCCAUGUCACAUAAAUAUUUCAGUGACUUCUGCAAACAUAUUUAUGUUAUCCCAUCUGCAACAGUUAAGACUACAGAGGAGUGCUUUAACAAGAAUGGAAAGAGUCUGCCUUAGUUACUUUUCUUUUAGUUUGUGUUUAAAUGCAUGCAGAGAGCUAUAAAUUGUUUAAGCCCUGUAUUCCUGUUCUUGCCAGUCAUCUUUGCUUUACAGUGAACAGCAAUGAGACUCUCAUCUGGCCCCAGGUAGAUUGAAACAACAAGAGCCCGUGGGUACGAAGAGCAGGAAAACAGAAGUGAGCACACGAGGUGUACUGGGAUGUUUUCCAUUAAGAAGGACCUUAAUUGACACUGAUUAGAUGCAAUGACAUCCUUUCCUAGCUGUGCUAAUGCCAUCAGAGAGUGCGUACCACGCUGCCAAGGUCCAUCGCAGUCUGUGUCUAUCAGAGAAUGAGGCUGGACAGACAAUCUGAUUAUCCGUCUAAGAAACACACGCUUCUGGCUGGGGAUGGGAAAGAGACAUUCCUCCUUCCAGACACUUCCCAAACUUUGUAUUUCAUUGGUGAAAUGGUUCCUGUUGCCAUUUUUAAAUGGGAGCAUACUUUUAUGAUUAAAUGACAAAAUAAAAAAGUUUUUAAAAUCUA